AACAACAACUCUUCUGUGUUGCUGUUCCUUCUUAUCCUAGUUUCAUCUCAGCCGGAUCAGCUUCUCUAUUCCGGAUUCAAGAACUGUGAUGCAACCAACAUCCUUAAACGGCAUAGCAGAAUCGAGAAAAACGGUUUGCUAAGAUUAACAAACGAAACAAGCAGAUUAAUGGGUCACGCUUUCUACCCGUCACCAUUUCAGGUCAAAGACAAAACCAGUGGUAAAGUUCUUUCUUUUUCAACUUCCUUCGCUCUUGCUAUUGUUCCUGAGUAUCCCAAGCUCGGUGGCCAUGGCUUAGCCUUCACCAUAGCCACUUCGAAAGAUUUCAAAGCUCACCCAAGCCAGUACUUGGGUCUCUUCAACCCAGACGAUGUUGGUAACUUAACUAACCAUCGUUUUGCUGUUGAGUUUGACACUGUUCAAGACUUUGAAUUCGAUGAUAUAAAUGAUAACCAUGUUGGGAUUGAUAUCAAUAGCUUGCAAUCCAAUGCUUCUGUUAAUGCAAGUUACUAUCUUGAUGAUAAUGGGUCAGGGAAAUUGCAGGAUUUGAAUCUCAAGAGUGGGAAACCCAUCAUGGUUUGGGUUGAUUAUGAUUCUGUGAAGAAUGUUCUGAGUGUGGCAAUGUCUCCAACUUCUUCUAAGCCUAAAAGGGUAACUUUGUCAUUUGAUGUGGAUCUCUCACCCAUCUUUCUUGAUACUAUGUAUGUUGGAUUCUCUUCUUCAACAGGGUUGCUUGCUAGUUCUCAUUAUAUAUUGGGUUGGAGCUUUAAAAUCAAUGGUACAGCACCAGUUCUUGAUCUUGCUAAUCUACCGCAACUUCCAGGUCCAAAGAAGAAGCAUAACUCUCUGAUAAUUGGGAUUUCUACUUCGAUUUCGGUUUUGGUUUUGUUUGGAGUUGCAAUUGGGGUUUACCUCUUCUGGAAGAUGAAGAAUGCAGAUGUAAUCGAAGCGUGGGAGCUCGAGAUUGGGCCGCAUAGGUACUCGUACCAAGAGCUGAAGAAAGCUACCAGAGGAUUCAGGGACAAGGAGCUGCUUGGACAGGGUGGAUUUGGAAGGGUUUACAAAGGGAUAUUGCCGAAUUCGAAGAUACAAGUGGCUGUAAAGAGGAUCUCACAUGAAUCAAAGCAGGGGUUGAGGGAAUUUGUAUCGGAAAUUGCGAGUAUAGGCCGACUCAGGCACCGGAACUUGGUUCAAUUAUUGGGAUGGUGCCGGCGCCGCGGAGAUCUUUUGCUUGUUUAUGAUUUUAUGGCUAAUGGGAGUUUGGAUAAGUACUUGUUUGAUGAGCCAAAGAUUGUCCUGAAUUGGGAACAAAGGUUCAAGAUCAUAAAGGGUGUUGCUUCAGCCCUUUUGUAUCUUCAUGAGGGCUAUGAGCAAGUAGUUAUACAUAGAGAUGUGAAGGCUAGUAAUGUGAUGCUUGAUUCGGAAAUGAAUGGGAGACUAGGCGAUUUCGGGUUAGCGAGAUUGUAUGAACAUGGUGCUAAUCCAAGCACAACAAGAGUUGUUGGUACAUUGGGGUAUUUGGCACCAGAAUUGCCUAGAACAGGAAGGGCAACCACAAGCUCCGACGUGUUCGCGUUCGGCGCGCUUCUGCUAGAGGUAGCAUGCGGGCGCAGGCCUAUCGAGCCGAAGGCGUUGCCAGAGGAGUUGGUUCUUGUGGAUUGCUUGUGGGAGAAGUUCAAAGAAGGGAGAAUACUUGACAUGGUGGAUCCAAGGUUGAAUGGGGAUUUUGAUGAAAAUGAGAUUCUUAUGGUGCUGAAAUUAGGGUUGAUAUGUUCAAAUGAUAAUCCAAAUGCUAGGCCUAACAUAAGGCAAGUUAUGAGGUAUUUGGAUGGAGAGGUUGAGUUGCCAGAUGAGAUGAGAAAGCAUAUAAGUUCAAAUCAUGAAGGGUUUGAUGAGUUCUUGCAUUCACUUGCUUCUUCGUCAUUUGAUACUGGCUCCUAUAUUGGAAAUAGAGACAUGGAUAAUAGUUUUACUUCUUUUGGUUAUUCUCCUCAGUCACUUCCUCAAGCUAGAGGAGAAACAAGGUGAUUCAUUUCUCCUCCAUUGUUCUCUCUUUUCAAUCUCAGAGAAAUGUGAUUUGUCUUAACACCCAAUGGUGUCUCAAUUAUACGCAGUCUUGUACCUCAUCACAUGAAUGAAUUAUUGAAGUUGCAAUGCCAAUUAGUUUCUGACCCAUCAUUUCAUAAUACACUAAAUACAGUUAGCUAUUUUUGUUUU